AUUUGAUCCAAAUGAAGGUGAUGAAUACACUUUGGAGGAAGACUUACUUGAAGUAGGAGAAGAAAGCCGGGAUUAGGUUAACAUAUAUGAUCACUGUUAUUUGUGAUGGGGAGCUAAUUUCUUCCCCGAUUGAUCAAACCAGAGAAGAAGAGAAGAAAAGACAACAAUGGCAUCCCCACCAUUCUUGCAUUUGCUUCUCUUCUUCCUCCUCUCCGGCUUUGCCUCUUCAACCACCACCCUGUCAAGUCAUAUAUUCAGACCCCGGGUGCUGCCAGAACGUUCCCUCCUUCAGCAAAAAGCAGCUUGUGACAUAGACUUUGAGAAUCAGAACUACACCAUCAUUACAAGCCAAUGUAAAGGUCCGAACUACCAAGCUAAACCAUGUUGUGGUGCUUUUAAGGAACUAGCUUGUCCUCACAGCGAGAAGUUAAAUGACAUGAAAAAUGACUGUGCCACAACCUUGUUCAGUUACAUUAAUCUCUACGGCAAAUAUCCACCUGGCCUUUUCGCCAAUCUGUGUCACGACGACAAGGAAGGACUCAACUGCGACGAAGUCAUGCAGGCGAAACAGAAGCAGCAGCAAUCUUCGGGCGCUGCUGCAGCAGAGAAAUCAGCCGGGCUGAUCAUUUCUGCAGCUUCCUUCCUCAUCUUGAUAUUCAACUUGUUCUAAAGAGAUAAGUACAUAUGUUACAUCAAAAUUAGACCCACUUUAUUUAUUUUCCUAUUUUUUUGGGUCGAUUCCGAAUUUAUGUAUGAGAUGUAACCCUCCUUGGAAUCAAAAUCUUUCGCUUAUUCUGAUCACGAAAGAUCUCUUGUUCUAUCAAGAUCACCUCUUUUUUACUGGAUGUCGAGAGAUCAAAAUUUUGAAAAAACAAAACGGGUAUGAAAUCUUUUUCGAGUUUGGCUCGUAUACGAGAUCGAGCCGGGUCGGGUCUUUUUAAACAAGUUCAAGCUCGAGCUCUUCGCAAACAGCCCGACUCAAACGAUAUUGAAUUCUGCUAUAAACCUGAAUAUACCCAAUAAUAUAUAGUUAAAAU